GUUUGAAUCCACACCUUAAUGCCGCUGAUUCAUGCAGCAGAGGGUUCACACACAAAGUUCGACUGGAGGGUUUGUCCCCUUUAAGCUGCUUCUCUGAGGUUCAGGACUCUGCACAGGAUUUAUUUCACCAGUCAUGAAGUAAAGGAGAGGCCUGUUGCUCAUAGAGACUCAGGGGGGAUCUGGCACCCAUGGAGUCCAAUCUGUCCUGCCUGUCUUCACUGAACGAAGACAACAAUCCGGUUUACAUCCAGCCACAUUACAGAGAAACCUACCGUCUGGCCAUUUAUGCCCUGCUCUGUGGAGGCAAACAGGCCUACGAGGAGUUCCUCCGAGCCGAGCAGAUCAGCCACUUUCUGUCAGAGCAGGAGAUUCUGUUCAUUUUGGAAAAUGCAGAGUUACCGGUUGUGGAGGACAAUGACUCCUCUGAGGGGAAACGGGUCUCAGAUGAGGCCAGACCCUCCACCUACUUCCCAACCGAGUCAGACGAGGAGGUUCCCGAGCUGGACCUGGGCUGGCCGGAGGUCUCGCUGGAGGGUGCAGAAACCAGCAUCAGCCUGCUGUUCCAACCGCCCAGACAGGACACACCGACCAUUAAAGAAGUGGUUCGCAAACAGAUACAGGAGGCGAGGCAGGUUAUUGCCAUAGCGAUGGACGUGUUCACUGACGUUGAUAUUUUCAAAGAGCUCAUCACGGCCACGUUGAGGGGAGUGGUAGUCUACAUCCUGCUGGAUGAAUCCCAGUUCAAGAGCUUCCUCAAGAUGUCACAAAGGGUGGGCAUCAAGAUCCAAGACCUCAAGAACCUUCGUGUCCGGACGGUUCAGGGCCAGCAGUAUCAGUGUCGGUCCGGUGUGAAGUUCAGGGGAGAUUUGGAGCAAAGAUUUAUUCUGGUGGACUGCCGAACUGUGUUGUUUGGAACAUACAGCUACACGUGGUUGUUUGAGAAGACCAACCUCAGCAUGGUCCUGGUGAUCACAGGUCAGCUGGUUGGCUCUUAUGACGAGGAGUUUCGACGACUGUACGCUCGCUCCACAGUUCCUGCAUUUCUGUCCAUGGAAAAGUCAUCCGUCCAGUACCUAAGAGACACUGUGGCCCUGCAGAGCCCGAACUCCAGCCAGCAUUCCCUCCAUCAAAUUCACAUGAGAGGCAAAGGGAUGCACGGCAUGAGGAGUGCUCAGGAUGACAGAUUUGACAAUGCCGCCAUGAUGACUAGGGGCCUGAGCGUGCAGGAGAGGCUGAAUCAAACUCACUGUUUUGACAUGGGCAAUCUGGUACGGGGACACAGUUAUGGCGGAGAACUGCAGAAGAUAAAUUCCAUAACUCGGCUGAGGAUGGGGACUAAGGACAUCGGAGUCCGUGUUGCUCCCGAGAAGAAAGGAUCUAAAAUGAGGGGGGACGGCGACUUGCUGCUAACAAACAGGUCGUCUCAGCAGCACCUUAGGCACCGGACUCGCUAUGGAGCGGACCAGAAUCUGAUACCAUUCAACUCUGAAACAUCACUCCAUAGGUGGAAGAUGGACACAUACUUUAACGACAGUGACAUCCCUCUAGAUACAUCAUGUGAAGCAAUAUCCCCAAUGACAUCACCAUAUAGUAGCAACUCAGGCUUAAACGAGUAUCAUUCGCAGAAGAUUCACAACAGGUCGAGGGAUAUUAAGUCCAAGAUGGAGGAAAUGAGGCAGAAGAGGCUCAGUCUGCAAGACUACAGCAAUCUCAGGCAGAGCCAAGAGUCCUUGAGGUCUAAAUAUUCGACUAUGGAAAGAUCAAAAUAUUUGUCUUCAUUGAGAGGUCUUGACAUGAAGAAGAGUGUUGCAGAAUUAGAGCCAAAUGCGCAAAACGGUUGCAGCCUGGAACCAGCCAACCACAAAAACAGUGAGCCAAAUAAGGAAGGUGACAAAAGAGAGCAAACUCUCACUGAUGGCCAGCGCACUGCCUCCCACCAUGAUGUAGCAAUGGCUCCAGAUCAAAAGACAACACAGACAUACGACUGGCACGAACCGCUUUCCAGGACAACCUCAGCUGCUGAUUUAGAUAUGAAACUAAACGAUCCAUCGCUCAAGCUCUCUCAUCUGCAGCCCAGCGGCCUCCAACACUCAAGAACGAUGGAGUCUUUGACUGAGAUCCCUGAAGAGAAAGAGGGUUCUCGUGUCAACAGUGCAGACUCAGCUACAUUUAAAGACGGAAAUGGGGAGAUUUGCAAAGACGAGAAAGCUGUUCCAAAGGAGAACUCUGUAAAAUCCAGCUUCCCUGCAGAACCACAGCGCCAGGAUCAAACCAGAGGAAGCCCUGGUUCUGUAGAUAAAGUGGACAAAAGCUCAGAUUCAGCUGCUCCAAAAGAAAGAAAGAAAGAAAUACCCACCAGUGCACAAACUGUCCCAAAAAACACUCCUGCAGGACCUCAGCAUGCAGUGGAAGCUAAGAGUAGUCACAUGGACAAAAAGCAAACACUGCGUGAGGAACCACCCCUUCAAAGGAAGAAUUCCUUGAGGAAGAAAGUACAGUCAAUGCUCACACCAGAUGAAAAGAAAACAUCCAAAAAAGAAGAGAAGUCACUGCAAAGAAAGGCUUCACUGAGAUUGCAGAACCCCUCAGGAUCAAACCAGCCACUCAGAGCAGACCAUUCACAGGCGCCAGCGGCAGAGCAGGCAACAAAGAAAGGUCAAUCACCGAGCAUGUCCAGGUCGCAGAGCUCUCUCAGUGGUCCAACAGAGAAGCAUAAAUCUUCACUCUCAAGAUUAUCUCCACAGCGUUCAAGCAAGAGAAAGCAGAACCCUGCAGGAGAGCAGGAGCGAGGAUCGAGGAGCACUCUGGACGACGCGGGAGCGACCGUCUCUCAGACCAGGAGUGAGAAAGUCUGCAGUCGAUACGAGUAUUUGCUCAGCACUGAAGGUAUUCCUCUCGAUAAAUCAAUGAGGGUACCAAGCAUGAAUCCCUCGGAGAAAGACGGAAGCUCUUCCCUGAACAGACACGACUCUCUGCAUCAGACACAAAGUGGCUCUGACAACAAACUGGGAAGAUUCAUGCAGCGGGUAGGAAAUCUUAUAAGCAAGAACAAGUAGAGUUGCAGGACGAGAGGAAGGCCGCCAUGCUCCGAGAUCAAAAGUGAUGUUAGUGCAUAAUCCAUGUCUGUGUCCGAAAUCAUUCUCUCUACUCACUAUGUAGGAAGGUCUAUGUAGAGGACUGUAGAGGAACUCAUCGGCAAAAUGAAAAAACACGACUCGGGUCAUUUCUUUGCGUCGUUAAUUCCAUCACAUUAAACAAAGUAUUUUCUUGCCACAGCUCAUUGUCUCGUGCCUGUCGUCACAUGAACAAACUAUAAUCCCAUCAAAAAUACUUUCUGAUAAUAUUCUUUGUAAAACAUAUUUUGGAGCUCUGUGAAAAUGUCACCCAAUAUCAAUCUUUCUUUACAGUUGUACGACGCUGCUCUCUCUCCUCUCUCUCCUCUCGUCUGUCUGGUUUUCCUCAGUGCAAUGCAUGAUGGUAUAAAGCGGUUGGUUAGUGACCAUCGGUUGAACACUACUUUCGGACGGCAAUGCAAAAUGGCGAGUCACUAUAUAGUGAGUAGUGAGGGAUGUCGGACACAGCCCAUGUGUUGUUUAUUGAUUUAUCUUGAUAGGUGUGAUGUGGCUGAGAUGUACCUCUGAUGCUACAGGUAUCUGCUACUAAAUGUUUUACCAUGAAUUGGCGGUUACAGGAAAGCAGGGUUGAUAUGUUAACACCAUUAGUUCAAGGUGUUUACAGGUGUUGUAGCAGGGUGAAUAUGACAGUAUAGUGUUUGCAGACACUGAAAAAUAUUCAAAAUACGUCUGUCUUCAUAUUGAAAGUGUUUGUUCUUUUUGAAAGUUUGCUUAAAGGAAAAGUCUGGUGAGAUUUUAUAUUUUCCAUGAAAAGACCAAACCAAACAAUGAAUGUCACUACUGUAUAUAAAAGCCAGAUGUAUCUUAUUCCUCAGUGCCAUAAAGCUCCAUUGUUGUCCGUCACAUCGUCCUGCUGCUACAAAUACUCACUAGAGCACCAAAUGUGGAUUAAUCCGCUGCAGAAAA